GAAAGACGUAAGAAUAGUGUCGGUUUCUUAGCGUCCCAACUCUCAUAAACAUCGUCGGUAUUCUCCCUUGGCGGGAGGGUAAUUUCGUGUCCGUCGGAGGGUCGACCCUCGGAGCAGCGCGGGGAUGCGCGCGAGGGUGUUUGUGCGGCGUGGAUAGGCGAGCCGGCAAUUUCGCGUGUGGCUCUCGAUAUCGAUUCUAGAAAGCCGCCACCACCGUCAGAGUAAUCGCGCACCCCCUUCGUCGUCCUUCGGUCGGCAAAACGGCCGCUCGUUGACAUCGUCGUCGUCGAUACGCGAAGGGGGGAUCGAUGAAAGACAAGAUCGAUCGAUCGGAUUGGACGACCGGCGGUCAAAUUCAUCUGUCGUGUCUGCGGAAAAGAUCUGCGAUCUGUGAUUAAUCGCGCCGGGAAGAUGUGGACCGUAUCUGGAUAAAAGUAUUGCAAUAGAUACGCAGAUUUGUUAUAUUUUCUGGGGCACCGAAAUAUCUCGGUUAGGCCCUGGCGGUCAUCAAUGAAGAGCCGGACAUGAAUUGGACAUUCGAAUGGUCAUCAUUGGGAUUAUUAAUCAUCCUUCUUCUGAGAUGCGGUAUCACAAGAUCGAUGACAGACGCGAAGGAGCCGAUACUAUUAAAAGUUGUUGCUCCUCCGUCCCACACGGCUUUGUCCGGAGACGUAACCGUUUUUAUUUUGGAUUCGGCAGAAAUAGAAUCUUUUACGAUAUCCACAAAUAUCAUGUCCACCAACGGCACAAAUGGCACAAGGAAAGACGAGAAAGAAACAAUCGAUCCAAAAAGAGAGGGAGUUAACGCGGGUCACGAACCGCUUGUGCUUAGAAUACUGUACGUCGAUGGCCUCACAUCGGAAUUGAUUGGUAAUUUCCCUCUGGAUACCUUGCCGCAUAAGGGUGAGAAUAUUUCUGUGAUAAUACCUUGUGGUGUCUUCUCGCGUGGCGGAAUUUAUACACUACGACUUCAGUACAAGUUCUCAACCGUGGCUGCCAGACAUAACACUGCCAUUGCUGGGCUGCCUGAAAUUGAGAUGAGCAGUGCCUUAGACGUAAAGUGGCCAACCCCUUCUCUGCUUUUGGAAUCCCAACACUUUGGUACAUAUCCUAAUCAGUCGAUAAUAGCUACUGUAAAGUACAAGGGAAUCUCGUGUGUACCUGCCAACGGUGUUCCUGUGGCAGCUUAUAUUUUGCAACUUAUAUAUUGCGGUACUACCCCGGCUGCCUGCGAUCCACAGAACAACGGUCGCAUGCAAGUGCUCUAUUACGAAGAAAUAAAUGGCUUCACUUCGCCGAAGAUCGUUAAAUUGAAAUGUGAAUUUUUUGGACUGGCUGGAAAUUAUGCGCUUCGAUUAAAGGCCUCGGAAGUUAAUCCAUCCGCACCGACGACCAGCGCGUACAUUAAGGUGGAAUGGUCCACCGAGUUUAGCUUCAACGUCCACGCGAGAUCAAUCUAUCCCUGUGAGGGAACAGCAGGCAUAUCGGUUCUUUUUCAAUACCCCACAUGUCGUCUUCAAGGUGAUCGCGUGCGCGUCUACGGUCGUCUUCGGGCGGAUGUGAGUUCCCUGGCGCCGCCGUCUGCCUUGCACUACGUGGCAGAAUUAAAGGCGGCGCCAGGCAAGCAUUCGCUGAACUUCGACUGCGAUCUCUUCACUGAGAAGUUCAUCGAGUACUGCUUCGUUUACGUGAGCCAGGCGAUCACCGGCGCGAUGGCGGAAGUGAAGCUCGCGUGUAUACCGACCUUCCCGCUGCUGGAAAACGACGCGGCUGGUUGGGGUCCUUGGAGCGCGUGGAGCCCUUGCAGCAGCUCUUGCGUGGGUGGAGUUCGUAAUCGAUAUCGAUUUUGCGACACACCACCCCCGAAAUACGGAGCGAAAUUCUGUCAGGGAAGAGCGGUCGAAACGGAAUCCUGUGGUGGUACCGGCAGGAUCGAUUUUCAAGAGGCGUGGAACACCGAAGGAUGGGAGUGCCGACACGGAAUGACAUUAGCGGCCGCAAGACCGGAAGUCACGGCUCAGAUCGGCGUACAGUGUCGGUGUGGUUGUAUUAUCAAUUUUGGAGAUAAAGCCUUGAACAAAAUACUGGCGGCGAAUACUCAAGCUUGUCCUGGUCGUUCCUUCUGGCUGCUACAGGCAAAAUCGGAUUACACAAUCCGACUGCAUUUGGAUCAAACGCAGUUUCCUUGCCCAGGGCAAUAUUUUCGCGCUCGCGAUGGUGAUUCACUAAGCGCGGAACUCUUGACGGAUAUUGCGUUUGACAAGGGUGCACUCACGACAGGAACGAUAUUUUCCUCGGGUCAAAAUUUGUUGCUCGAGUUUUUUAGCGAUGAGCAUACCGCCUCGGGGGAUUCCUGCGUGGGUGGCUUUUUGGGACAUGCAAGCAUAUUUCAAAAACUAUAUGAGAAUAAGACGUUGGUUUCACUUCCUUCGGAAACGAAUUCUACUCUCACUGUUGAGCAAUGGAUCUUCUGGGGACCCGCGCAUCUAGCAACAGCAUCCCUUUUGAUACUUAUAUUCUUUAUAUCUAUUUUUCUAGCACUGCAAUUUGCACUGAAAUAUAGAAAGUACCAUAUCGCAGAGGACUUAGAUACCUUGAGUGAGCAUUCUGGAUGCAGUGAUAUGAUGGUAGGCCGAGCGAAAUCGAUGUCUUCUACGACGUUAAUUUCGGAAGUUGUGUCUCUAGUGGGACUGCCAAAAAAGUGUACACCAAAACUGUCGAAACGUAAAAUAGCACCUUGUGCGGUGGAGGAUGGUUACGAUAGUUCGGAAACUUUGGCGGAAUACGAAGACGAAACCAGUUUGAGCUCGACUACCUUGAAGUUUCGAGAUGACGACGAAAACUGUACAGAGAGAAGUAUGAUACCGAAUAAAUUGCACACCGAUGAACCACCGGUGACAGUAUCGGCUAUUAUGGCAAUUGGUCAGCCGGAAAUAAAAUAUGCCCAACCAAUCAAAUUACGAACUCUGGGAUCUAUUAGUUCAGCGAACAAAUUGAUGUCGAGCAACACGAGAUGUCAAAGCACAGCGAGUAUUACCGAGAGCCCGCAUAUUGCAAGACUUCAUCGUUACACGUCUAAUCCUUUGCAGUCUAAGGAUUCAUCGACGAGCAGCCCACUAUCUGGCACACCCAUACUCCGCAGCGGUAAAGAGACGAAGGAUCGUCGAAAUCGCGAGCGACUGCUACAAGGACCGGGUUCGGAGUUCAGUCUGACAAAUCCGGAGACGGAUAUGGAGCUCGACUAUUACGAUUACAACGUUGCGAAUGCCGGCGCCGCGCCAGGCUCGUACUUAGGUAUGGAUCCAGCUUUUCUCCUAUGGAUACCCCCGUUGUCGAUGUCUGAGGAUUCUCAAGGUCCAUCUGCGGAUCGUCCGGAUUGUUUUCAAGGCACGACGAGUCCGGCGUUGUACCAACUGCCGGAGAGCACCGAGGGCGCGACCCUGACCCCGGCCGAGUAUCGACGUAUGCGACAUCAGAUCGCGUCUAGUGUCGAGGAGACUAGACCGAGUCUCGAGCAGCAACGCCAGGACUCGACGUCCUCGUCGUCGUCGAAGAACGACUCGUCGUCAGGCGGUAGCGUUCUGUCCGAGGAUAGCAUCAGCGAAAACAGAACUGCCAGACUGAACGAACGCCUGCUGCCAAUUCACCGGAUCCUGGAGGACUCCAGGACUCGGGUCAGCGAGGAGUCUCUAUGCAGUCAACUUGCAAUCGACAGGACACAAUGCAGCAUUCCCAAUCGCCUUCACAGCACUGAUCUCUCCCAGGAACAGAACGCUUUGAAAAGCGGUCCACAGGAUAGUCAUGUAAAUAUUGCCGAUGUAGCCAAGUCAGAGGAUAAAUCGGAGAAAUCGAAACAAACUUUCAAAAGGUAUCCCGAAGAUCCAGUCCCUCAUCAUGGUACCUCAAAGUCUUACGUGAAUCAAAAAACAAAGGACGUUUCUCAGAAUGACAAGAAGAAUCAUUGCUUAAAAAAUGAAAAUACGUCCAAACUGUCUGGCAAAUCAAUGAGCUCGAAGACUCAGGGAUACAUAGACGGCAAAGACAGGGCUUUUCAGAGUGCUAAGGACGAUCCCACAUCCGACAUCGUUUUAACGACAAAUUUAAACAUAACGAGCGGUCCGUGCAAGUACCGAGACUUCACGCAAUUUACGCAACCACGUGAGAUCAAUAAACUCUCGGAUUGUACUAAUAUUCCUAUGAUCGAGUUUUCGGGACCGCGACUGAACUCACCAGCGACAGCACGGAGAUUAACGACGGACAACAUAAACAUCAGUUUGUCCAAGAAGGAAAUUCAGAGUCCUGAUUACGGAGUCGAGAGCGACAUAAAGACCGAAUCGCGCGACUCCUUCUACGAUCUGAUCCGUGAAAAUGAGGAUGGCAUCAAGUUCGCAGAUGACGACGACGAGUAUAUCGAUAACAGAGCGAAUUUGUGAAAUUUGAAAUGCAAGAAAUUGGAACAGUCUUCGCCAUUAAUGCGCCUUAAAAAUCAUCUCUUUUGCGAUUAUGAUACUACUGUUCAUCCGAAUUAUCCUAAAACAACUAAUGUCACUAUGCACUUAAUGCCGAAGUUAAUAAAUUUCCAAGGAGAAGGUAAAUUAUCUUUACACAGCUGGAUGUCACUUGCUUGGACGGACUCACAACUUACUUGGACACCGAGCGAUUACGACGGGAUUACUUUUAUUCAUGUGAAAAGCUGGCGGAUCUGGAUGCCCAGUCUAUAUGUUAAUGAUUCCGGUGAAAUGUCGAGUGAUCAAUAUGAACUACCUAUGACAGAAUGCUUGCUCUUCAACUCGGGCUCUGUCAGUUGCGUACCCGCGAUGAAAUUUAUUUCCAAAUGCAAUCCCGAUUAUACUUAUUGGCCAUAUGAUAAACAUCAAUGUCGCGUCACGUUUUAUUUGUGGAUGCAUACAGGAGAAGAAGUUGAUUUGUUAAUAGAUGGAAAUGGGAUUUCUAUGAGCGAUUACACGAAUGAUACAAAGUGGGAUUUCAAAUUUACAAGUUCGAUGAGGGAAGCCACAAAAUUUAAAUGCUGUCCAAACGAUACAUUCCCAAGGAUCAAUUAUAGCUUCUUAUUGACGCGUCAUCACGGCAAACAUCACUUGACUGUUAUUGUACCGGCUAUCGUUUUGAUACUACUCACUUUAAUAGUGCUCUGCCUCGACUUAAAAUCGGUUGAACGAAUGACGGUGGCAAGUGCGAAUUUUAUUUGUCAUUUGCUCUGCAUAUUCUUUUUGUUUUGGAUUCUACCAUUCAAUCGUGUUAAUCCCCCAAAUAUAUUGUUAUUUUAUCGUGAAUCCUUAGCGUUGGCAACAUUCGCGAUGCUACUGACGGCGAUGUUACGCAAACUGGAAGAUAUGAGCACACAGACACCAAGUUGGAUCUUGUUCACUACGACAUUUGUUUUAAGCAACAAAGUUGGACGUUUUUUGAUUCUCAAAAACGACAAGUCCAAAAUUGCAGACGGAGAUGUAGAGACUGAACGAAGUUCAGAUGUUACAGAAUCUGAAAUAAGCCUAAAGGAAUCGUCCUGGAAAUAUUUUGCUACUAUUAUUGACUGGUUAUCUUUCUUUUGUGUGAUUCUUACUUAUAUAACUAUCUUGAUUAUUUUAAUUAACUUUAUGAAGGAAACAGAAGAUAUUAUAACACGAGGAUGCAAAAAAUUAGAAAGUACAACCCCUUUGUUGCGUCUUAAAAAAUAUCUCUUUUGUGAUUAUGAUAUCACCGUCCGUCCAAAUCAUCAUAAAGUAGUUACCAAUAUAACUCUCAGGCUGAUGCCGAAAAUGAUGGAAUUCACCGAGGAAGGUGUACUGACACUUCACAGCUGGAUGUCAUUUUUUUGGACGGACGCAUUUCUAACUUGGACACCGAGUAAUUAUAAUGGACUUACUUAUAUUCACGUACAGCCCUUCUAUCUUUGGAUGCCUGAUAUUUAUGUCUACAAUUCUGGCGAUAUGACGAGUAACGAUUACGAGACAAUUUUCAACACGGAAUGUUUGGUCUUUAAUAAUGGUUCUGUCAUUUGCGUGCCACCUAUAAAAAUUGUGUCAAAAUGCGAUCCCGAUUAUACUUAUUGGCCUUAUGAUCAGCACACAUGUCUUAUCACACUCGGUUCAUGGUCGCAUAUAGGAGAGGAAAUAGAUGUCCAUCUAGACGGAACCGGAGUUGACAUGAACGGUUACGAAAAUAAUACACAGUGGGACAUGAAACUUUUAAACGCAGAAAAAAUCGUUAAAAAGUAUAAAUGUUGUCCGAACGAUACUUUUCCUAGAAUUGAUUACACAUUUUUACUAACUCGGCACUACAGCAUACAUUAUAGAGCUUAUAUUGCGCCAGCUAUCGCUUUGAUAUUCCUCACCUUAACGGUGCUCUGGUUGGAUUCAAGAUCGGUAGAACGAGUAGCGAUGGCGAGUAUAAAUUUUAUUUGUCACCUACUCUGUAUAUUCGAUUUGUACUGGAUGGUGCCAUUCAAUGGUGUUAAUUCUCCUUAUAUAAUGCUGUUCUACCGUGACUCCUUGAUAUUGGCCACUUUUGCGUUAAUUCUGACAGCAUUGUUACGUAAACUGCAAAACAUGAGCAUGGAGAUGCCAAGUUGGAUAUCCUCUACGACGACAUUCAUUUUGAGCAACAGGGCUGGUCGAUUCCUGGUCUUGAACGACGAGGAAUCCAAGAUAGCAGAUGGAGCGGAAAGCAGUUGUAGCUCUGAGAACAUAUCGCCCAUGGUGCAAUUGAAAAGGCAUCUCCUAUGCGAAUAUGAUCCAGCUGUAAGACCAGUCCAGCAUAAUAAUAACGUGACGCGUGUGAAUUUCUAUCUGAAGCCACAAUUCUUUGAAUACACUCACGAAAGUGAAAUGUUCGUGUUGCAUACGUGGAUGUCAAUGAUGUGGAAUGAUUCACAUUUGACAUGGGAUCCUGCACAAUACGAUAACAUUAAAUGGAUACCUGUAAUAGGCUAUCAAAUUUGGAUUCCCGACGUUUUGAUGCAUAACGGACGAUUUGGAGAAAGCUCAUUGAAUAAUGAACGUUCAAAAUGUUGGGUCUCGAGACAAGGAACAGUUAGAUGGUUUGUGGCAGCAAAAUAUACAUCAAGUUGUUUCACAGAUUAUACGUGGUGGCCGUACAAUACCUUAAAUUGUACUAUACAAUUCGGAUCGUGGUCACAUUCUGGUGAUGAGAUCGAGCUUGCUUCCAACCAGAAUUUGUCAAAUAUAGAAGUAAAGCAUACCGAGUGGAAUUUAGAGAAAAUUUAUAUAACAAAAUGGCAAAAUAAAUAUAAGUACAAUUCGGAUUCGACCAUCAAAAUGCUUUCUUUUCAUUUUAUUCUGAGGAGUCAUUCGAGUAUAAUACGCAUAGUAUUUUUAUCACCUGCUAUAGUACUAAUGGUGAUGACUCUGAUGACACUGUGGUUAGAACCGAAAUCUUUCGAGCGAAUGGUGAUUGCUAAUCUCAAUUUUAUUUGUCAUUUAUUAUGUAUACAAGGCGUGCAUUGGGAAGUACCAAAAAGUGGCUUUAACAUUCCCAAAAUACUCUUCUUUUACGAGAGCUCUCUUGGGAUAGCAACGUUCGCUCUCAUUGUCACCAGUAUCUUGCGGCAUCUGCAAGAAUUGACUACCGAGCCACCCAUGUGGAUCUCAACCAUCACGACAUCCAUUUUGCGCAGUCGAGUUGGACAAAUUCUUCUAGUUAGCCUCCUAGACCCAGCCGUGACAGCCAAGAUAGAAGCCGAUAUGGACGAUAAUACUGACCUCGUACAAUCGAAUAACAAAAGAUCACCAUGGAAAUAUAUUAUAGUGCUUAUAGAAUGGUUAGCGUUCCUAAGCGUGUUUCUCGCUUAUAUUGUACUGUUGAGUACAUGUUUCCCUACGUACUAUACCAUUAACUCUCUCUAAUAUACGAAAUAAAUUUAUUUCAAAUGAUG